UCAUUUAAUGCUCGAACUCUGCUUCACUCUCUCACUAGAAAUUCCCCUCUUCCUCUCUCCUCAAUUUUGUUUGGAAUUAUUUUCAACAACUGUGCAACCCCCCUCUAAUUUAUUGCUUUUGCAAAACUGUUCCUCUGUUUUCACAAAACCCCAGAAAAAUAUAGUCGUUGUCCACCAUUUAUACAAUUGUAAGAGAGAGAAUUAAGCUUCUUAGAGACGUUGGAGUAUCCCUCUUACAAGAGUUACAACCCCUCUGUUAUCUUUGAAGAUUCAAUUUUUAUGCUUAUGACAAGUUGAAGAUUCAUCCACCUAUCAGUGAGUGUUGAUGUGUUUAUAAGUGGGGGAUUGGAUCUUUAAAUGUCAAGACGCCUUCCCAAGUUUGUAGAUAGCAAAAAAUGGGUGGUGACAGGCAUGGAUCUAAGAGUGGACGUUAUGUUGGAGGCUUCAUGCAGUUGUUUGACUGGAAUGCCAAGUCUAGAAAGAAGCUGUUUUCUAGCAGAUCUGAUUCACCAGAAGAAUCGAAGCAAGGAAAGAAAGGCGAGGAGAGGUUGCCUGUGACAAGAAUACGAGUGGAAGAAGACGAGGAAUUUGCAUUUGGUGCAGGAUUAAGUGUCCGAGGAGGAAGUGAUUACAGUUGUGCAUCAUCUGUCACAGAUGAUGAUGGAUUUGGAACGAAAGCUCCCGGGGUAGUGGCCAGGCUCAUGGGAUUGGAUUCCUUACCAACAUCAAUGUCAAUGGAGUCAUAUUCUACCCCUUAUUUUGACUCUAUCUCUCUCCGAGAGGCUCCAUUUAGAGGAAGAAAUCUCGACUUUUAUCAAGAUCAUCAAAUAAUGCACUCAGGCCAUUUAUUUGGCAAAAUGGAGGCUCCUCCUACUACUAGGUAUAAUAAUGAAUUGGAAACUAGAUCUCUGAAGUUGCCUAAUAAUAGACCAUUUGAGAAGUUUCAAACUGACACUUUGCCUCCAAAGUCAACCAAAACAAUUCCAAUCACUCAUCAUAAGCUUUUAUCACCAAUUAAGAGCCCCAUUUUUGUCCCAUCUCAAGAUGCAGCUCAUAUCAUGGAAGCUGCUGCAAAAAUAAUUGAGCCUGGUCCAUCAUCAACUCCUCGAGCUAAAAUAUCCUCGGCAGGAUCAUCUUCAGUUUCGUUUAAAGUUCGUGAAAUGAGAGAGAAACUGGAAGCAGCUCAGAGACCACUGAAGGUUUCUGAAUCAUCACAUAGGCAAGUUGAAUCUAGUGCUGCCAAGUAUCUUAAAGGACAGCCUAUGAAUAAGAGCUGGAAUGGCCUGGUUGAGACGCCGUCAUUUAGUAGGGCAUCUCCAAGUAGGGAGGACAGUUCUGCUUCUGUAAAGAAAAAGGGAAAAUCAAUAUCACUUGCCAUUCAAGCAAAGGUUAAUGUACAGAAAAGGGAAGGGUUGACUUCAAGUAGUAGAAGUUUGGGAGAGUCAGAAGAACAGGAUGAUAAUAAGUCAACUCAGUCAUCAAGGAAUCAGUCAAGUGGUGUAAAGUUCCCAAAUAGGAAAUCUUCUGUGCUACGACAAAAUAACCAGAAACAGAACUGCCAUCCACACAGGGAGAGAUCUGGUUCUACAAGUAAAAAGGCAUUUUCUGAAGAUACUCGACAAAAGAGUUUAGCUCGAGAUGUUGGAACCUCAAGAACAAGUUCAAGGAAGUCUAGUUUGCACGCGAGGGAUAAUGAUAAGGGGGUUCCUUAUGAUGGAGUGAGAAAUGUUCCUAGAAAGAAAAGAUCGAUAGAUGGAGGAAAUCUGCAUUUCAAUAAUAAGAAUCAAGUUACUGAAAAACCAAGUCAAUCUAGUGUAGUGGCUGAUAAUAAUAAGCUUUCUUGGAUAGAAGAAAGCCGAAGGAAAGGAAUGGAUGUUGUUUCUUUUACAUUCACUGCUCCUAUCACCCGAUCACAGUUUACUAGUCCAGAUCACUCUAGACAGUUGGUUGAAAAGGGCAGCAAUAUUUUCUCUGAUGACGGAAGCAAAAUGUUGUCUGACUCGGAUCUGAAAAGUUUUUCUUCUCCAGGAUUAAGCGGGAUAAAGGGUGACGCGUUGAGUAAAUUGCUAGAGCAGAAGCUAAAAGAACUGACCUCUAGCUUGGAGAAUUCUAAUUGUACCUUUGUUGAAACGGGUACAACUGUAGAAUCAGCUGUGUUACCGGGCAGUGCAGAGAGUGCCACAAGGAAGGCCCGAGAAAAAAUGUCUCAACAAGAGCCACUUGUGAUUGAUAUCGAUAACCAGAACUGCUCUGACUUUUUUGCCAAUGAAGCUGAACAAUUCAAAAGGAAAUUCAGCUUUCAGGCGGGGGAAGCAAUGGAAAAAUACAGCAGCUGCAACAAAGCUGAAAGUAAAAAAUGGAAUGAUUUUCACCUGCCUAGUCCUGUUUCCAAUCUCGAACCUUCAAUUUUUACAGAAAGCUGCUGUUCUUCAGAAAGCAUAGAAAGUAGCAUCACAGAAGAGAGCAAACAAUGUUCAUCAUCAGUUCAGGCUCAGCAAGUAAUUGGGUCGAGUUCUUUACAGAAGUCAAGGGAAGCUGAUACAGAGAUAUCAGAUUCAGCAUCAUCAACAUCCUCUCAAAUUACUACAGAAAAGUACUCCAUGAAAACGACUGCAUGGGAACUAGGAUAUGUAAAAGACAUACUCUGCAAUGCAGAGUUGAUGUUUAAGGAUUAUGUGGCAGGUCGAACACGAGAGAUAGUAAACCCCCACCUGUUUGAUCAGAUGGAAAGGCGAAGAGGAGGAAAAGACGAGUCUCAACUAGAAAGGAAAAUGUUGUUCGAUUGUGUUAGCGAAUGCUUAGAUUUGAAGUGUCAGCGUUUCAUUGGUGGUGGGUUUGAAAUGUGGAGAAAAGGCAUUGCAACAUUGAAGAGAAAGGAAAGAUUAGCUGAAGAAGUUUACAAGGAGAUCCAAGAAUGGAGGAAUCUUGGAAAUAGUAUGGUGGAUGAGCUCGUUGAUAAAGAUAUGAGCAGUAAAUAUGGGAGAUGGUUAGACUUUGAGGUUGAUGAAUUUAUGCUUGGAGUUGAUAUUGAAGAUCAGAUUUUAGAUUCUUUGGUUGAGGAGAUUGUUUCUGAUUUCUUGUUUACUGGUGUAUCUAUACAAGAACAUUAUGGCAUGUACAAUUGAUUAAAUUCUCAGUCAUUUUCUAUAAUCAAGUUCAAUUCUUUUGUAAUGCCACCUAUUUUGUGGUUUCUUUCUUGAUUAAUGAUGAUUCCGUCAAGUUUGCGAU